AUGUUUCGAAUUUUGACAAUUUUACUCGCUCUGUCAAUGCCCAGUCAUGGUUCGUAUGGUUCGCUGCAAACCAUUAACGGUGAAAAAUGUACGACCAUUCUUACGGUGGGAUACGGGUAUCAAAAUUGGUACAACGCCACUGAAAUUCCGACGGCAAACGCUUCCGUGAUGUUUAAGUUUUACGUGCAAGGGGCAGGUGACGCACACAUCAUGUUGGCCAGGGAACCGUCGUCGUUCGGAUACGAAAUCGUUAUCGGAGCGGGAUCGAACACUUUUUGCGAUAUACGAAAAUUCGACGACGUAUUGACGUCGGUGGUCACCGUUGCCACGGGAAAAAUUCUUGACAGGUACAACCCCGUCGGUUUUUGGGUACGCGCGACCCAGCAGACCGGACUGAUUGAGGUCGGCAAAUACGGCGAAAGCUUACCGUUCAUAUUUUGGACCGACCCGGAGCCGAUACCGGUCAGGUAUUAUGGUUUAAGUUCGUGGGGCGCAGCAGUUUGUAAAUGGAUGUUCAAAUGUAAGCCCGACUCGUCAAUGGUGAUGGCGAGGACAAUGAUGAAUACGACAGAGAGGACUGAUUAUACGAGGAAAUUCUUAACAUCCAUGGAACAACUCAGAAGAGACGUACUGAAAAAACGUGGUCCGUUUGGAAGCGACCCGACAACGAACCCGAAGAAAGUUUUAAGCGUGGCGAUUACCAAUAACUUUAAGUUCAUACAUUUGGAUGUUAUGACUUCGACGCUCACUAUUCAAGGUACCGCCACUUUUGAAUGGACAGACAACAGUAUCAAUUGGAACCCUCAAAACUAUAAAAAUAUUUCCAAAUUGCAUUUAUCGAACUACGAAUUAUGGCAACCCGAACUCGUACUACACAACGCCAUGGAUCCAGCCGUGAAUAUGUAUUCUGAAUCGAAAAUAUCUGUGGACAACAACGGCCAAGUCACAUGGCGACCUAAAUUUUACGUUAAAACCAAGUGUGACAUCGACUUGACAUUGUGGCCAUGGGACAAACAUAAGUGUACUUUAUUGUUGAGCACAUGGUCGCAUAAAGUAUCCAAUGUCUUCUACGAAAUUAAAGAUGACCAAAAGUCUGAAUGUUUACAAAUAUCUCAUUCGGAUUGGAAGCUUGAUAGGGUUACGAGCUUUUACGUAGAAGAUAGAACCCCGUGGGACGAUAUCAUGGAAUCCAUGAAUGGCAUUAGCCGUUCUGUAGAAGAUCCCUCGAAAGAUUCAUUGAAGCUUGUGGUGGAAAUAUCGAGAAACACGAAGAUUUUCGAGAAAUUAUUUUAUACCCCAUUAAUAUUGAUCAGUUGUAUAUGGUUGUCAUCCUUCGGUGUAAUGCCGAAUUCCUCAUCGAAAAUCACGACAAUUUGCGUGUCAAUAAUACUUUCAACAUUGAUUAUUGUAUACAUGACAAAAUAUGUACCGGUUUUUGCUAAAUUUCCGCCAGACUUAAUGCUUGGAUACUUGAAACUGCUCCUCCUGAUAUCGAUGGAUGCGUUCAUCUCGUCGUUGCUCAUAACGGUGCACAAUCGUAAAUCGACCAGCGGUCAUCCUCCGUUCGCAUUAACUAGAUUCCUGACCACGCCUAUUGUAACGAAAAUCCUGGUAUUGCCGAAAUUGGAUUCCACGAGAAGCCUCGUCAAUAACCAGUUGGACCACAGACUCACCGGAGUACCCGAAACCACAACCACGCUAUGGGAUAUCGUCAUAGUCGCUUUCGAGCGAAUCAUAUUCAUAGUGUUUUUAGCAACCACAGUGACUAUGUUGUUUUCCAUCAAAUUUUCCAUUACGGCUUUAUUUUGAUCGAGAUUAACAGUAUUUAUUGAUUAUAGCGACAUGCAUACGGUAAUAACAAGUAUAUUAUGUUAUCAUAAUAGUAGCGUACUUAUGAUUUUCUUUAGAGAGAAGAGGAGCGUUAUGUAUGAAAAUUAAGUAUAGAGACUGUUGAAAAAAACAAAGUUAUAUAAUACAUAAAAGAAAAACAUUAUUAUUUAUUAACAAAAUAGGCACUGUUUUAAUAUUAUGAGCAACUUUUGUUUAUAUAAAAUUAAGUAAAUUAUUUUAUUUCUUAAACAAAGAUUACUGACUGACCCAGUGUCGUGAAAAAUUACAGUUAUUUGUACAAAUAAAUAAUUUUCAUUUUUGAGUGAUUAUGUUUCUUCGUAAUUAUUAAAACAAUGUUUUCUUUUUGCACCAUGCAUGAAUCAGCAUAGGUACUAUUUCAAACAA